CGCACGCGCAGGAGUUUCUGGCAGAAAGCAAGGGAGCCGCGGCCGGCGCAGGGCCUUGUGGGAGGGCUUGAGGAAGUAAAAUGGCGGACCUGGCGAACGAAGAAAAGCCUGCUAUUGCUCCGCCCGUCUUUGUGUUUCAGAAGGAUAAAGGACAAAAGAGGCCAGCUGGCGGCUCCAGCCCUGAAGGUGGAGAAGAUUCUGACCGAGAGGAUGGAAAUUACUGCCCUCCUGUCAAGCGAGAAAGGACGUCCUCUUUAACCCAGUUCCCACCUUCACAGUCAGAGGAAAAGAGCAGUGGGUUCCGGUUGAAGCCACCAACACUGAUCCAUGGCCAGGCACCCAGCGCAGGUCUGCCAAGCCAGAAGCCCAAGGAGCAGCAGCGGAGCGUGCUUCGCCCGGCAGUGCUACAAGCCCCACAGCCAAAGGCACUCUCGCAGGCCGUCCCAACCAGCAGCACGAACGGGCUCAGCAUCCCAGCAGACUGCACAGGAACCUCGACAUCGACGUCGCCCAGCAUCCCCACACGGAGAAGUCCGCCUGACGAGGCGCCAGCCCCUGAGGAGAAGGAGCCCCAGGGAAAUGAGUCUAGCAAUCCCUCCGAGGAGGACAGCUGUGAGAAGAAAGAACACGCUGCACAGCAAGCGUUUGUGUUUGGGCAGAACUUGAGGGACAGAGUUAAGUUAAUAAAUGAGAACACUGAAACAGCUGACAUGGAGCACGCCGGACACCCCAGUUCGGAAACGCCAACAGCAACCAACUAUUUCCUUCAGUAUAUCAGCUCCAGUUUAGAGAACUCGAACAAUAGUGCCGAUGCCACCAGCAACAAGUUUGUAUUUGGCCAGAACAUGAGCGAGCGCGUAUUGAGCCCACCCAAAUUGAAUGAGGUCACUUCAGAUGCCAACAGGGAGAACUCAGCUGUCGAGUCUGGGUCCGAGUCCUCGUCCCAGGAGGCCACCCCUGAGAAAGAGUCCCUGGCCGAGUCGGCAGCUGCCUACACCAAGGCAACAGCACGGAAGUGUUUGUUGGAAAAAGUGGAAGUCAUCACCGGGGAGGAGGCGGAGAGCAACGUGUUACAGAUCCAGUGUAAGCUGUUUGUCUUUGACAAGACCUCUCAGUCCUGGGUGGAGAGAGGCCGGGGGCUGCUCAGACUCAACGACAUGGCUUCGACUGACGACGGGACAUUGCAGUCCCGACUAGUGAUGCGGACCCAGGGUAGCCUGCGGCUAAUCCUCAACACCAAGCUAUGGGCCCAGAUGCAGAUCGACAAGGCCAGUGAGAAGAGCAUUCGCAUCACAGCUAUGGACACCGAGGACCAGGGUGUGAAGGUCUUCCUGAUCUCGGCCAGCUCCAAGGACACGGGCCAGCUGUAUGCGGCCCUGCACCACCGCAUCCUGGCCCUGCGCAGCCGCGUGGAACAGGAACAGGAGGCCAGAACACCUGCCCCUGAACCUGGUGCAGCCCCAUCCAACGAGGAUGACAGUGACGAUGACGACGUCCUCGCUCCAUCGGGGGCCACAGGAGGCGGUGCUGGUGACGAAGGGGACGGGCAGACAGCUGGGAGCACAUAGCGCCGGGAGCUGGCCGCCCGGGAGCCUGCUGCUUUGUCCGUCUGUCCACCCGCCCGCCCGCCCCUCCCCGGCAGCGUUGAGGCGCGGGGCUUGGGAACCACACUCCCCGAUGGGUUGGCCACAGUCCGGAUCCGCAUGGCCCGUUCAGAGGCAGACUUGGGAACUGCCUGAGCGUGGUUUGGGACACGAGACCUCAUCAUAUUGAUGAGCAAAACAAAAAGAACAUUUCUUCCCUCCCCCCUUUGAAUUGAAAUGGCACAUUAAGACUUGUCACGGCUUCUCACUGGGACUGGGACGCCUGGUUUCUUCACCCCUCUCAUGCCACCACCACACCUGUGGGUUCUUGCCACCUGCCCAGCUACCAGGUCUGUCCCCACAAGUGUAAACACUGGCUCUGCUGGACGUCCUGCUACUAUCUUGACCUCGUUUCCCCCCUUCUGGUUUGGGGUGUGUAUUUUUAAUGCCCCCUCCCCCCAAGGCUUCGUUUUGGUCUCUUAGGUUAAGAUGCUCCCGUGUGUUGACUCUUGCUCUCCCUGUGGUCACGGCUUGUGUGCUGGGGCCUCACCGAGGAGCUGGGAGGAGAGGCCCCCACUUGCUCCCCACCUUGGGUUCCUCCAGGCUGCCAUGGGGCUUUGAGGGGUAGACCUCAUGCCUGGAGAUAAUUUAUCUAGAAAAGGGCCACUGGAUCUAGGAGGGCAUGAGGGGCUGAUUCCCUAGAUCCUCUCACACCCACUGCUGUGGGCCCGAAGGUGAUUUCUUAGUGUGGAGGCCAAAUCCUGGGCACAGGGUGCCUUCCAGAGUGGGGACCUGAUGGCGAGGCCACUGCUUCCCACAGGCGUUGAUGACGAAGCCGGAAGCACAGAGCACCCCUCCCCUCCUGCUUGUUCCCAUCGUGUGGGUCACCCAUCAUCAGGCACCCAGGCAAGCACCUGCUCCCUGCUGUUGGCCAUUCCUUGCCCAGCCCUGGACAUCACCGCACCCAAGACAUCCAGGGCUUGGGGCUUCCAUGACAGGCAGAGGAAGUCCCUAGCAGCACCCUCCUGAGGAGGGGCAGGGCCUGGUUCCAGACAGCAGGCUGCCGUCCUGGCACGCACAGGAGCAGGUGCGGUGCCCCGGCCCCAGAGCAGGGCUGAGAUCCCGGCUGGGCACCGCCUGCCUGCAGAGAAGGUCCCUGUGCACGGGCCCUGAGGGGUUUCAGAAGAAACUGCCCAGCCCCACCCUCAUGGGGAGGGAGAAGGCUUAGUUUCCGCAGCCGUGCCACCAAAAUCUUGGGUCGACCGUGCACAGCCUGAGCCUAAGCUGUGGGAAGACACCAAAGGUCCCCAGCAGAUCUGGUCACCUUUCUCUGCUUACGCCUUAGCCAGUUAGUGACAAGUAAAACCAGAUAAUGCCCAUGUGUUUUGGAACAUUUAUGUAAGAUUGUCAUAUGAAAUGUAUUUGGGAACUACAUUAAAUCUUUUAACUAAA